AGCCUGAACGGAGCCGUUGUCACUUCAAAUGGACGGUUGAAACCUGGACGGAAGAUAGAUGAGGGCGGGCUGCAUAUAUGCAUGUUCGAUCAUGGAGGUAGAAUUCGAUCAUGCUUUGUCGGUGCCGCAAGACGAACAUCAUGAUGUAGGCUUAGUUGGUUAUUUCUUGGCUUCAUUCCAGUACUUCGUGCGUUUGCAGAAUCAGCAUACCCAAUUCUGAAGUUUUCAGUUUGCAACCGACAACAAUUAAAAUCCUCUAGACACCUUUAGAAUCCCAGAAGAGUCAAUAUCAAUGUGAAGAUACCAACCUGAGCUUCUGGAAGGAGAAGAUCAGAAGAACAACUGACUCCCCCCCCAAAUCCAGGAUGGGAAAGGUCCACCUGAUGUCAGCAUGAUACAUGUAACACCCCAACAUGUCAGUUCACACAGCUUAAGCAUUGCCCAAGCGGACAGUAAAGUAACACUGAGACAAACCACAGAGGCUGCAGAUGAAAAUCUGAACCACCUUUUGGAAUCUACUUCUAAACCAGGGGACAUCCCUUCAGUGCAAGAUGAUCAUCUCGAACAAGUUCCUGUCUGUGACAAGUGUCACCAAGAAGAAUCAAAGGGUGCUGUUGGCUCACCUGAAAGACAGGAGGACAACCUCAGGACUUUCCAAGAUGCUUCUGAAAGAAUUGAAGUGGCAUCAGGCAAUUCUCUUUCCAAAGACGAAGAGAGUUUUAGUUCCAAGGAGACCAAGGUAGCAUGGGAAAUCUUUGGGGACCAAAGCAGUGAAGGAAACACGCCUUCCCGCAAAGCCGACAAUUGUGUGAACUCCAGUCCUGCACAAGGUACUGAUAGUUUCGGUGCAAGUGAUAUAGAAGUAGUAAAUGGUGAAAAAUGUCUGACAACUCAAGCCACAGAUUUAGAUUCAGAUGUUCAAAGUUCUGCUGUCAGCUGCCAAGAAUUCUUGGACCAUUCAGAGAUAUCCCUACCAAUCCCAGAUCCCAGUCCCAAUGGGAACAACGAUCAAACGUGUGCCACCCAGGAGCCUUUCGCAUUCUUUGACGAACUGCCCCGUGAGCUGUUCUUCAAGAUCCUCAGUUACUUCACCGCCGGAGAGCUUUGCCUGACCGUGGCUCCGGUUUGCAGGGACUGGUAUGAUUGCUCCAGGAGCCCUGUGCUGUGGACAUGCCUGGAUCUGUCGGACCACCGGGACGUCAGCCACAAGCAGCUGUGCGCCGUGCUGGGGAGGGCUUCGCUCCUGAAGUCACUCAGCCUGCGGGGGAGGGAGGAGCUGUCCCUCGGGGAGAUGCAGGCCCUGGCCAGUUGCCCCCUCCUGACCGAUCUCAACCUGGGCUUCUGUGACAACGUCAACGGGAGGGUCCUGGAUGAGAUCAUCAGAUGCUGUCUGCACCUCGAGGUUAUUAACAUGGAAGGCUGUGAGCGGAUUGACGAUGACGUAGCGAGCCAGUUUCCCUCGCUGCCUCACCUAAAGGCCCUCAACCUGUCUCACUGCACAAAGAUGACAGAUGAUGGUGUGAUGGCAAUCAGCAAGGGCUGUCGGCUGUUAGAGGAACUGAACGUCGAUGGCAUACCGUGGAUUACCGACAGAGCUGUUGAUGUUUUGGCCUCACAGCGUGCUCAGACCCUGAGGGCGAUAUACCUGGAUGGAGCUGAGCUGACUGAUGUGUCCAUCAGAUCUCUGAUGGGCUGCCCGCUCCUGCACACGCUCAGUCUAUCCUUCUGUGAGCAGUUGACAGACAAGGCUCUGAGUAUGUUAGAGAUGCUGGACCAUCUUAGCCACCUGAGGCUAAAGCGUGGAGUGGAGUUUAGCGAGGAAGCCUUGCACCGUUUCUUUGAAUGUGGCAGAGUGGACCAGCUGACCAUCCUAGAUCUAUCUGAAUGUUCAGAGUUGAUGGACAAGGGAGUCACCAGCAUUGCUCGCCGGUGUCGUCAAUUGAGGAGGCUGGCCCUGUGUUGGUGUUGGAAUAUCUCAGAUGCCGGCAUUAAAGAAAUCGUUGACAACUGUAGUCAGCUGAGACAUUUGGACAUUGUUGGGCUGGACAAGGUCAAAGGUCAGUGCUUGAGCAGGAUUCCGGAAUCCCUGCCGCAACUGACAUUCCUAGACUUGCGGCAGUGCAAUUUGAUAAAUGACAACAUGCUCAUCGACUUAGUGAAGGUCCGGCCACAUUUGCUUAUUUUCAACUACUAUGGAGAACAUGUAACCCGCGACAUGAUCCCAUGACUUCAUGAUGCCUGAAGACGGGACUCUAGAUUUCCACCUUCCUCAUGUACAGUGUAGGUUAAACUGCUGACGUUCCCAGUUUGUAAUUAAAAGUUUCAUUCGUAACCACUUGACAUGGAUGACAUGUAAACAUGCAGAGAUUUCUGUGCCUGUAGCAUGGAGGAUGUUUAAACAUACUGUGGUGAAUUCUGCAUGCAGUACCAGGUGAUGUCUGCACUGCUCUCCACACCCAAGUGAUUCACCGUGAAUUUAAACACAGGGAUUUUCUACUCCUGUUGCAUGGAGGAUGUUUAGACACACUGUGGUGAAUUCUGCGUGCAGUACCAGGGGAUGUCUGUACUUCUUCCCACACCUGAGCGAUUCACAGUGAAUUUAAACACAGGGAUUUUCUGCUCCUGUUGCAUGGAGGAUGUUUAAACACACUGUGGUGAAUUCUGCAUGCAGUACCAGGUGAUGUCUGCACUCCUCUCCACACCCAAGUGAUUCACAGUGAAUUUGUACCUAGACAAACCUAUACAAACAGACUUGAAUAAGUCUGUGGAUUAAGUAAACUACAGUGUAGAUAGGUUUUCCGUAGCACCAUGGAUAUAGCUCUCUCCUUUUUUUUUUUUGAAUCUCCUGACGACGGGGAGAGCAUGUACUGUCCAAAACGUUGAGUACCUCUGGUUAUUUUCAGAACCCCACAUACUCAAAAAAGACAUACAUAUAUCCAUGGUUUUACCGCAAACCUAUCUAGUUUACUUGCUACCUCCCCCACGAAAAACUUCAAAUCUCAAGUCUGUGGACGUUGAGCAUACGUGGUGUCCUCAAAUGGUCCAGCAGCCACCGCCGGGCACAGCAUAGUCUGGCAUUUUCACAGAAGAGACAAUGUGAUGAGAAGUGUAGUGUAAAUGUUGACCAAGUGACCACCAAGGGCCAGUAUUUCCAACUUGAAAAAGGCUGUGGUUGUGGUAUCAGAAAGUCCCUAUGCUGAGCUGAAUAUGAUAUCACACCUCAGACAAACUCACUGUGGAAUAAUAGCUUUGGCAGGCUGUUAAAUUAUUCUUAGAACCUUUGUGCAAUAUGUGACCAAAAUACACUGUAUGACGAUCAAAGUCUGAAAUAUAGUGGAGGAUUGCUAGAGCCUCAUCUUCAGCCUAAAGAUGUCAAAGUGGAUUACUUUUUAAAGGGCAGGCCGCAACGGUGGAAGCGUUGUAUGUUGGCAAUUUUUGUUGUUUUACUGCGCAUUCACAAGGGCAGUGUUUGUAAACAUUGUGCAACGUUUGCAUCAUUUUUUAGGAACAGAUUGCAUUGCCACAGUCAAGCACAUCACAAGCCAUCACAGGUUUGUCAGAAUUCUCUCGCAGGCUGCCAAGUCUCAAGUUGCAAGCUGGUCUGUGGAGUCACGGCAGAGCCAUUUCGUUCUUACUAUUUAUUCUCCCUAUUUUGGCCAGUUCCACGACGUGAAUUGUGACAGACAAUAGACCCGAAUGGACCAAGCCACAACUCUUUCAGAUUUCACCAGAGCUGUUUGCAAUUGUCAUUUCAAAUUCAUCAACCAGAAACUUUUAACAACGAUAUCUGUUUACAGAAGAUGAACUGUCCAGAUGGGGACACGGUAAUGGGAAGAAAUUCAAGAAGGAACGGAACCAAAAGAAUUGGCGCAAAGAAACAGUAAACCAAAGAAACAAAAGGGUGAUGCGAAAGGGAAUGCAGUGGUAUGUUUAACAACAAACACGGGCUGAAAUCAUUCUGUGCCAAUUACUGGCUCCUCUCAGUUACAUUAUCAUAUCCAAAGCCCUUACAUGUUCAAGAAUAACAAGUCACCCAAAAUACAUGUAAUGCUCAAGUACACAAACAUCGACCUUCCCAGAAUGUGUCGUUACUGUGGUUUAUGUCAGUUUUUUGUAAUAAAAGUGUGAAGAAGUUCUCCA